UUGCAGCGAAGCGCUGCAGGCCAGAGUGCAUAAUAUAGCUCGCGUGAUAUGACGAUAUCGCAUACGUGGUCCAAUGCCUGAUACCCGCGCGAUGCACCGCGGCGAGCUCGGUAUUGUGACGGGGCUUGGGACUACAUUGUUUUCGAGCACACCAGUUGGCAGAUUCAUUGCGGAGCAUUAGUACAAAGCAGCUCUCGCCGAGGCUUAGCAUUUUAGCGAGCAACGUCAACAACGUAUAUUAUUGUAUACGCGUACGAUGCGAAUCCCCGUCAGCUAUAUGUAAUCGAUUGCUAUAAUUAAAUGUAUAGCUACACUUUGUGUCUAUAUACACGCGCGCGCGCGCGCGAGCUCUCACGCGUAAAUAUAUAUGCGCGUAUCAUUAUAUCGACUCGAAUGUGCUGGAUAUAGGCGCAGAUGUUGUCAAACGACAAUAACAAAAGACUAUAGAUGCAGUGACUGACACAUUCAAGUGCCCGUUCAAUUGUGUCCGUGUGUGUGUCCGUACGCGUGUGCUUGCAUCUGCAUGCGUUACAUAUAUAUACAGUUAUACCUACAUAUAUAUAUGCGUGUGUAAGAAAAUCGGGGAGCUGUCACACAACGCGCAGCAACCAGCUACUACGCACGGAUUCAACGUCGACUUCGCCGUCGUCGUCGCAGUUUCUGCGGCAGGUCGUGCAGAAUCGGGUCCGCCUGGACCUGGAAUCGUCGUUGAAUCGCUGCCGUGGAGCUGUCUGGCCCCCCGUUCGACAAUUUUUUAUUCUACAUACAGUGUGUAUACGUACACGCAGACACGAGCUUCAAUCGCAGCAGAGAAUAUUUCCACGCAAGCAUUUCUAACGCUCGGCACACGGCGCAUUAGACAACUUUUAUAUACAUAUUUUUCUUGCGUCUUUAUCGUCCAUUAUUUGCAAUGACGAGGUCGAUCAUCAGCAGCGAGCUCGAUUGUUAAAUUCAUCGUGAAGUUUCCAUUAAAAUAGUCCGUCACGACUUGAGUAAUAGUAUUUUGUCCAAAAAUAAACUUUCAAAAUGUAUGAAGGCGAUGCACCACCAACUGACAUGACAUGUCUAGAGAAUAAAGCUCCAGUAGCUGAUAAAUGUAUGGAUAUAAAAGAUAACAAUGAUCCUUCAACAUCUGCCAAAGCUGGACAAGCUGAGUUUGAAGUUGUAUCUGCUCCUGCCAAUGUUGAUGCUCUUAUCAAUCAGGAGGAUGCAGAGCGAAAGAUACUCUCUCUUAAGUACGUCCUUGAAAAGGAUAUCAGAGCAGCUGACCUUAAAUGGUCUCUUUUUGUGGCUGCAUGUCAUACUUAUAGAUUUGAUACUUGCCUAAGGCCAUUUCCACCUAUGUACAUCAAGAACGAAACCAAAGAUAUUGAUGCUUUGAGAAAAGCUGUAGAGUUUGUCCCACCAAUGACUGUUGUAAUACAACAACUCAAGCAACCAAAUAUUUACAAAAAUAAAGGUCCCACUAUUGAAUUACUUUAUUGGGUAUUAGUAAAGUUGAAGGAUUUACACAUAAGAAGUAUUAAUAAAGACUGUUAUGAAUCUGUUUUGAAGAGAGUAGGAUCACAAUUACCUGCAGCAGAACCAAAUUUAAUAUUUCAAGUAGCUAGUGCUCGACAGUCUACAUCUGAAGAGAAGUGGAGGGAACUUGCUACAGGACAUUCCACAUUUUAUGCUUAUCAUGGUAGUCGACUUGAGAAUUUUCACUCAAUCAUUCAUUACGGACUACAACAGCAUUUGUGCAAAAAAUCAUUAUUUGGAAAAGGAAUAUAUCUAUCCAAAGAACUAGGUGUUAGCCUACCUUAUAGUCCUUCUGGGCACUCUUGGGGUGCAAGUAUAUUGGGAAGUACCCUAAGCUGUGUGGCUUUGUGCGAAGUAAUUAAUCAUCCAGAUGUGAAAAUAGGUGACACUGAUGAUGCUGCAAGAAAUUUAGCGCCUGAAUCUGUAGGUGGAAAAAUACCUAACAAGUACUGUUUAGUUCUUAAUAAUGAAUUAGUCAGAAUUCGAUAUCUCUUGGUGUACAGUGAAGAAUUUGGUAGAGCCAGAGCGGCGCGAAAUUCUGGAAUGGUAGGAUGGCUCAGACAACACAAACUGCUAACAUUCAUGUUUGGUUACAUAGUACUGCUUGCCUCUGUUGGAUUGACUCACAACAGAAAUGUUGAGAGAUACUUUAAAUUAUUAAUGCGUAAAUUUGGAUUAGACUGAUAAGUCUAAGAAAAAAAGCAUAUAAAAGUUUUGUAUGUGCUUGUAAAAAUUUGAAUGACAUAUUUAUAACAAUGUUGAUACCUACCUUCUUUUUAUAUACUUUCAAGUGCAAUCAACAUCACUGCGUAUUCAUACAUUUUAGAGGAAAAAAUCAAUAAAUUUAAAAUACACCUUGGUUUA